AUGGAUCGGAACACAGAGCCCGAGUCUGCCCCCAUAUCCACACGAAGAAGAAGGAGCAUUGUGACAACGACGGAGACACAGCUGCUAUCAAUAGACAUCAGUCUCAUGUCCACAGAGAUGUUCCCGUCUGUCACCGAGAACGAGAAACAUAGUCCAGGAACAACGAUCACAGAAAAGGAGGCCGGUCCAAGCACGGAGAACGACCAAGAGAAGGGCAAAGGUCCGAACAAUGAUAUACCAGUGACACCGAUACCAAAGUACUUAUCAGGUGACAAGCUUUGGAUUGUCAUCAUAUGUGUAAUUGUUGUUGCCUGGUUGAUGUUCCUUGACAGUUCUAUCAUUGUUCCCGCUAUUCCAGCGAUAACUGACGAGUUUCAUUCUUUGCAAGAUAUCGGUUGGUAUGGCAGUGCCCAUCACGUUUCUAAUGCCGCUUUCCAGCCGCUCACAGGUAAAAUCUACCGGUACUUCAGCUCAAAGUGGUCUUUUUUCGACUUCCCAGUCUUGUUCGAGAUUGGAUCUCUUGUAUGCGGGGCUACGCCUUCGUCCCUGAUAUUGAUCAUGGGCAGAGUCAUCGCGGGGAUAGGAAGUGCGGGCAUGAUGAGUGGUGGCCUGACGAUCAUCGCCGGAUCAGUACCUCUAGAAAAAAGACCUGCUCUUAUGGGACUGGUCAUCGGACUUGCAAACUCUGGCAGCGUUUGCGGUCCUGUUCUUGGCGGAGUACUGACCGACUAUGCCAAUUGGCGUUGGACAUUCUACAUCAACCUCCCGAUUGGCAGCGUCGUCCUUCUGUUUCUGGCAUGGUGCGAGAUUCCCGAUCAGGUGCCGAAACCGAGUCCUAUGGCGGUCAUUGCGAAAUUGCACACGUAUCUAGAUUUUACCGGCUUUUUGCUAUUCGCUGGUGCUGCAGUGUCAUUUCUCACGGCCCUCGAGCUUGGUGGGAACGAAUAUGCUUUCAACAGCCCCACGAUAAUAGAAUUGUUCUGCGGCUCUGCUGUGGCUCUCGUAACAUUCUUAGCCUGGAACUAUCGUAAAAGAGAUGACGGGCUCAUCCCAUCAUCAAUGGCCGGUAAGAGGCCCGUCUGGUCCGCAGCCGCUACAAACUUCACCUUUGUUGGCUCGGCGAUGAUUCAGAUCUACCUGCUCCCGCUCUACUUCCAGGCAGUACAAGGCGCCACGCCGGUCCAGAGCGGGAUCAACGUUUUGCCAAGCAUCUUGUCACAGCUAGCUUUCGCCUACGGCGUAGGCGUGCUAGCUAACGUCCUUGUCACCCUUCAAGUCGGUAAGUUCGGGUAUUAUCUGCCGUGGGCUGUCGCAGGCACAGCGGCAACGAUUAUUGCUAGUGGCUUGUUCACAUCGCUCACACCGACGACUUCGGUGGCCCAGUGGGUUGGUUAUCAAAUCAUCACGGGUGGUGGACGAGGCAUUGUUUUACAACCGAAUGACUUUAAGCCAAGCAGUGCUAUUCAGGCGAACUUACCUCCGGAACAGAUUUCAGUAGGAAUAUCAUUUAUUACGUUUUCUCAGUUCAUGGGUUCAGCUGUGGCCCUGGCAGUAAGUAACGCCAUUUUUACAGGGGCACUGAAGCAAGACCUACCUAAAUUCGCGCCGAAUCUCGAUACGUCGAAAAUUCUUGAGGCCGGGGCAACCGGGUUCCGUAAAGUCGUGCCCGAGGAAAAACUGCCAGGAGUGUUUUUGGCAUGUGUAUCGAGUAUCGACAAGGAGUUUAUCCAUCCCUCGGUCUGGCUAUAG